GUGAAAUUGGAUCAUCUGGGACCUAUGGUGGUGAACAAAGAUGGGACUUUGUCGAGAAUUGGCAAUUGGGAUCAGAUGACGGAGCAGGAGAAGAAGAAUACGUUGAGGAUCUUGGGGAAGAGGAACAAACAGAGAACGAGUGCGUUGAAGGAGGCGGAG